AGUAGCCGGAGAGCCUCAAGCGGCGAUGACGUGCUUUACCAAGCCGGGCUUCCGGCAGGGAGAGAAGUUGGAUGCCAAAGCAGACCUAGCAGAAGUCGCCUCCGCCCGUGGCAUCGAAUUCUUCCUGGUGGCCUUUCUCGACCUCAGAGGUGUGCUGCGCACGAAGAUGGUGCCGGCCAGCGCCAUCAAGCAGAUCCAGCGCGACGGAGCCGGUUUUGCCCCCGCGGCCACUUGGCUGGACUUCGGCCCCCACGCGGCGGAUUUGUUGGUGGUCCCCGAUGCCAGCUCCCUCUUCCAGGUGCCUUUUAGCCCUGAGCUGGCUAUGGUCAUGGGCGACUCUUUCAUCGACGGACGGGAGGUGCUGCAGUCCCCGCGCGCCGUGCUGAAGGCCCAGGUGGCCGCGGCCGCGGCGCGGGGCUACGUCUUCAAGUCCGGCGUGGAGGCGGAGUUCUUCAUCUUGUCCUCCCAGAAGGAAGUGGCACUCUCGGACGAGCGCGACACGCAAAGCAAACCCUGCUACGACGCGCAGUCCAUGAUGCGGAGAAUCGACCUCCUCACAGAUAUUGUCAAGACGCUGAAUGCCUGCGGCUUCGGCGUGUACCAGACAGAUCAUGAAGACGCCAAUGGCCAGUUUGAGAUCAACUGGCACUACCAGGAUUGCCUGACCACUGCGGAUCAGCAUAUCUUCUUCAAGUGGGCUGUGAAGACUCUGGCGGAGCGGCAUGGCUUUCGGGCCACCUUCAUGCCCAGACCCUUCAGCGGUUUGAGCGGGAACGGAUGUCACAUCCACUGCUCCCUUUGGUCUGAAGGCAAAAACGUCUUCGAGGGCCCGGAGACCUUGUCGGAGCUGGGCCAGCGAUUUCUGGGGGGUGUGCUGGCGAAAGCGCCCAGCUUCUGCGCAAUCACCAACCCCACGGUGAACUCCUACAAACGGCUAAAUGGAGCGGCCACCGCGUCAGGUUACACUUGGUCGCCCAACCGCGUGUCGUGGAGCGGCAACAAUCGCAGCCACAUGGUGCGGGUGCCGGACAAGGACCGCUUCGAGCUGCGCUUGGCGGAUGGGGCGGUGAAUCCAUACUUGCUGCCAGCUGUGAUGCUGGCAUGCGGAUUCUGGGGCCUGGAUUCCAAAGCAGAUGCUCAAAAGUGCUUCUUUCCAACAUCCGUGAACAUGUAUGAGAUCCCGGACGGCUCGCCGGAGUUGCAGGGGAUUCUCACACUGCCCAGGAACCUGCUGGAUGCCACGAGAAGCCUCGAAGAGGACAAGCAGCUCCAAGGCUUGUUGGGAGCAGAGUUCAUGCAGGCCUUCAUCAAGGUCCAGAAGUUGGAGUGGGCGGAGUUCUCCGCGUACUUGUCGAGAUGGGAGCUGGACAGAACCCUCGAUUGCUGAACAUGAUGCUUUGAAGAAUAGGC